AUGGCUGUUGAAUAUGCACUGAACACACCCGGUAUUGCUGCAGCAGCUGUUUAUUCUGCACCAGAUCCUUAUCGAGAUAAUCAUGAUCCAUGUGCACAAACGCCUUAUCCAACUAAUCUUACACCUAUACGUAUCUUAUAUAAUCAAUGUGAUGUCCUUAAUAUGUGUGUAACUGGUGGAAGUUUUAUUGAAGAUCUAAAUAAUCGUUACUGUGAUUUAACUGCUGAAGUUGUUAUUAUUGAUUCUUUUCUUCAGAGAACGUCGGAAUGUGAUGAAAGUUGUACUUCUGAAUUUGGUAUCGGUAUGCUUCAACAUUUUAGAUGGCCAAUUCCUCGCAAUGAUGAUGCUUUCUUUGACUUUUUCAGAAAACAUCCAUUAUCUUAA